AUGAUAACAAAUGGAGAUUUCUCGAUUCGAAAAGUGGCAUAUGUGGAAGGAUUGCAGCAUAACCUCAUUAGUGUGUCACAAAUAGUUGUGGGCACAGGUCUGAAAGUAUCAUUUGAUGAUGAGGGCUCUGAGAUAAUUGAGAAACAAUCCAAGAAGGUUAUGUUGAAAUUUGAACGUAAGGGAGAGAUGUACCCUUUAAAUCUCAACCCAAUACGAGGAAAACCAGCAAUAUGUUUGCUGUCAGAGGCAAAUACAGAUGAGAGAUGGUUGUGGCAUCGACGAUUAUCACACCUGAACUUCAAAGAUAUUAAUAAGUUGGUGCUUGGUGAUCACGUUCGAGGACUCCCUCUUCUCAAAUUCUACAAGGAACAUCAGUGUGCAGCGUGUGAGAUGGGAAAACAAAGCAGAAAGAGCCACCCUACAAGAAUCAAUACAAAGAUUAUUGAAGAUCUUGAACUCUUGCACAUCUACUUAUGUGGACCUUCUGCUAUAAAAAGCUUCGGUGGUAGUAAGUAUAUUCUUGUUAUUGUAGAUGAAUUUUCACGCUUCACCCAGGUUUUCUUUCUUAAGAAGAAAUCAGAUGCAAUUUCCAAGUUGAAGACAUUCAUCAAGCAAGUGGAAGUGCAGCUGAGGAAGACGAAAGUUCAAAGAAGUGAAAGUGACUUAGGAGAAAUUUUUCCAGAAUCUGGACAAGUCUCGGUUCCAAUAGCCAACCUGUUUGAAGAAUACAUGUGGCUGUUUGAUGAACCAGAGAAAGCAUCACACUCAGAAGCUAAAGCAGCAGACAACACAAUUGAUAAUCUCAAGAAGAUUAUAGAUGAAGCUACCAAAGAGAUGGAAAGUGAACCUCCUAAAGCUAUGGGUGAUCCACCAUCUACUGACUCAAAGUUUCAGGAGGAAAGUUCAACUGUAUCAAAAACAAACAAAGUAUCUUUCGAGGGGGAGGAUCCAAUUCCGUCCCCACCUUAUAAAGGUUCGGGCGAAGGGGAAAGUUCUGCUCCAAAACCACCCAAUAGUAGUCCUAUCGUGGGGGAGAAUCCCACUGCCACAGAGGAUGCAAACUUUGAUGCUGCCACAUAUUACACUUCGCCAGUUGAGGGGGAGAAAGGAAAUACAACUGACGAAGGUGAUGAUGAUCAAUCAGAAUUUGAAGUUAAAGUGAACGCUGAAUUAGACCCGGCAUAUGAUCCAAAUUAUCCUCCGUUUAUUGAACCGAAAACUGUAAAUGUUGCACUUGAUCAUUCAUAUUGGGUUCAAGCAUUGCAAGAUGAACUUCAUGAAUUCGAACGCAACCGAGUUUGGAGGCUGAUCCCUACACCAAAGGAUGCGUCUGUGGUUGGCUUGAAGUGUGUGUUCAGAAAUAAAUUGGACAAGGAAGGGAAUGUCAUUCGCAAUAAGGCUCGGUGGCUGUCAAAGGUUAUUGCCAAGAGGAAGGAAUAG